CAUGUAGGGUGGUUAGUAUUGUCAAACUUCCAGAAAAUAGCUCGUGGCUGUUCUAAGUAUUAAAUUGGGAGCUAACGAAGGAUUUGAAGAGACAGCUAUGCGCAACAGCGAGGAGACUCGCGAGCCCGAGUCGUCACCGCCCCCCGGGGGGCACGAGCGCCCCAGGUUCCUGGGGCUGGGGGGGCGCUGGUGCGACCUACGCACUGCUCGCCUCAAGCUCAUCUACUUCACACUCUUCGCUGGCGUGGUGGUGGUGUGGGUGCAGCUGGGGCCGUACCAGAAGACGCUGGGGCUCAGUGACGGGGACACGGGGGUGAUGAGCGUCGUGGGGUCGUGUAUGAUCAUCCUGGGGCCUCUCACCGCCGGCGUCUGGGCCGAUGCUAUGGGCGACUUCAGGCGGCUGCUGGCUGCCACUGCCUUGCUUAACGGCGUUGUGGCCUUCUCCUUCACCCUGGUUCCUCCCAUCCAAACACCGAAUGUCUCCUCACUUAACGUCAGUAACACUUCAGUAAAAUUAUGCCGCUGUUUUGAACUGAACGCUAACGAUAACACAACUCAAAUUUUUGGCAGAAACGCGAUGAAUUUCCAAGCGGUUAGCGCCGUAGCGCACGAAACUGCAGGACUCGAAAUAUCAGGAAUCGAUUUGCUAGGCACAACCGAAGCUUCUGACACACCGAGCAACUGCCAUGAGAGCAGGCAGAACCAAACUCUCAUAUUGUUGCUGCAAGACAAAACAAAAGUCUACGCCAACGUCAAUAUUUCUUUUUAUGAAAUUACUGAGCGUGAAAUGCGAGCCCACGACGAAAACAUAAAUCGUGACAGCUCAUAUGAACAAAACACGCGAGCAGGAAGCUUAGAAACAGAAGUACGUGGAAGAGAAGAACCAAAAUCAGGCCGAGAAGAGCAAGGAGGAGACAGAAAAGAAGAAGGAGCUGACGUGCGCGAUACUUCGGGCAGGUCGUUCAAUGCUCCUGAAUGUGUUUCUGAAGAGCAAAUUAUCGUGGCAGAUAAGACCAACGAGACGAACGGUGAUGAAGGCAGCAGCAAGGCAAUAACGUUCUGGAGCUACCUUGUUCUUCAUGCGAGCUUUAUGUUGUUGAACAGCGCCAGCAUCUCAAUGUUCGAGAGCGCAGUGCUCGCUCAAGUCUCAGAACGCGAGGUGGACUACGGACAGCAGCGAUGUUUCGGCUCCAUCGCCGCUACAGUCUCGGCCCCGCUGGGUGGCGCUCUCGUCGACUGGACCAGCUCUCCUGACAAAGGAACCUCCAGCUACAGAGCCACGCUGUACACGUCGAGCUGUCUGAUGUUGCUGUCGAGCGCCCUACUCUCCCGCCUCGACAUCAGCUUCAAACGGUCCGCCGGUCCGCACCUCGCCGGUCUUACAUCAGUCAUCGUCUCCAACCUGCCCCUCGCCGCCCUCCUCUGUGAGGUCUUUCUAGGAGGUAUUUCUUGAAAUUACUCGUAGCGAGAAACUGAUUGUGUCUUUGAGUUGUCUUUUUAGGAGGCAUUUCUCGAUAUUAAUUUAGCUUGGAAGUGAUUCUACACAUGUUUGAACUAGUCCCUUCGUGAGGCGUUUUAGGAUGCAUUUAUUUGAAUGACUUUUUCUUCUCGCGUAAUUGUAUGUAUGUUUUCAUAUUUAGCUUUUUGGGCUUUCAUCGUGGCCUCAGUUAUAAGGAGCCUCUGACUCACUAAAUAUGGCGGAAGUAUUGAAUGCAUUUGGGCCGUUUUCAACUCAUACGUUAGAUCGCAUUACCACCAUUUAUCAUUGUCCCAAUGAAUUCUAUAAUAAUAACGGAAGGCAAUGCACUUCACACUUCAGCUGAAGUAACAUAUAUUCACUUUUCAGUAUACCUCAAAACCUCCUAAUUGAACUACGCAAUUAUAACACUUAACAGCUAAAGAGAGCGUAAAAGAUUUAUUUUUCAAUUUGCUCGGCCGGUCUCAGGGGCUCAUAAUCUUGUUUUUUGCGAUUGAUUUUUCCACUUUAAGUAGUCAUGAGUGAUCAGCUGGCAGAAUAACAUUAACACGAUUAGUAUUGAGUCCCAGCUGCUACCAGGUCUGUAGUUCCUGCUGGUACCAGGUCUGUAGUCCCUGCUGGUGCCAGGUCUGUAGUCCCUGCUGGUGCCAGGUCUGUAGUCCCUGCUGGUGCCAGGU